GGAUGGAGCACGUCAGGACACCGAAGGUGGAGAACGUGCGUUUGAUUGACAGACUGACGCCCCGGAAGUCCACUGUGGGAACGCUGUACCUGUCCUCCACACACAGCAUCUUCGUGGAGAACUCAGACUCACGCAAAGAGACGUGGCUCCUGCAUAGUCUGAUCAGCAGUGUUGAUCGCGCCCCAGCCACGCCCACAGGAACUCCCCUCGUCCUGUGCUGUAAGAACUUCCAGGUGUUUCAGUUCCUGUUGCCGUUAGAGAGAGAGUGUGUGGACGUUCAGGAGUCACUCACAUACCUGUCCCGUCCAGAGCGUUAUGUUGAGCUCUUCUGCUUCUCGUACUUGCCCAGCGUGGGUAAAGAGGAGAGAGAGAAGGCCUGGAGCUUCCUGGAUCUGCGUGCCGACUUUAGCCGGAUGGGAAUUCCCAGCAACCUCUGGUACAGCACUCCGGCCAACCACGAGUACAGAGUGUGUGACACCUACCCCUCGGAGCUAUUCGUCCCGAAGUCAGCGUCUCCCACUGUGAUCGUCGGCAGCGCCAAAUUUAGAAGCCGCGGCCGACUCCCUGUUCUCUCCUAUUUUCACAGGGACACCAGUGCCGCGGUGUGUCGCAGCAGUCAGCCUCUCUCCGGUUUCAGCACUCGUUCUCCGGAGGAUGAACAGAUGCUGCAGGCCAUCAUGAAGUCCAACCCCGCCAGCGAGUACAUGUACGUGGUGGACACACGGCCGAAGCUGAAUGCGAUGGCCAAUCGAGCGGCGGGAAAAGGCUAUGAGAACGAGGACCACUACACCAACAUCAGGCUGCAGUUUAUCGGCAUCGAGAACAUCCACGUGAUGAGGAGCAGCCAGCAGAAGCUCAUCGAAGUCGGGGACCUCAGGGCUCCUUCGAUGGGGGCCUUCCUGUGGGGUCUGGAGAAUUCCGGUUGGCUGAAACACAUCAAAGCCGUGCUGGAUGCCGGAGUCUUCAUCGCCAAGGCUGUAGCAGAGGAAGGAGUGAGUGUGUUGGUUCACUGCUCUGACGGAUGGGAUCGGACAGCUCAGGCCUGCUCAGUGGCCAGCGUGCUCCUGGACCCCUACUACAGAACCAUUAAAGGCUUUAUGGUGCUGAUCGAGAAAGACUGGGUAUCGUUCGGACACAAGUUCUCACACAGGUACGCUCACCUGGACGGAGACCCUAAAGAGGUGUCCCCUGUGCUGGACCAGUUCCUGGAGUGUGUUUGGCAGCUGAUGGAGCAGUUCCCCUGCGCCUUCGAGUUUAGCGAGCGCUUCCUCCUGCAGCUGCACACACACGUGCACUCCUGCCAGUACGGCAACUUCAUCGGCAACAGCCAGAGAGAGCGCCGCGACCUGAGGUUACGGGAGCGGACUCACUCGGUGUGGCCAUGUCUUUGGGAAAAAAGAUCCGAGUUCAUAAACCCUCUGUACAGAUCAGACCACAGUCAGACUCAAGGCGUGCUGAGACCCCUGACCACGCCCUACUGCUUCAAGUUCUGGAAAGGCAUGUACAGUUCUGCAGAAAGGGGCAGGACCUCGCAUCAGUCACCGUCGGAUUGGCUGACCGCCGUGAAGGAGGAGUCGCAGCAGCUGGAGGAGGAGCUUACCACGCACCAGGAGAGACUCGCUCAGCUCCUCCAGAGCAAGAUGAGAAAAGUAAAGAACAACGGAGCGACUGAACAUUCGUACCGGACGCUGCUGAAGGAAAAUGACGUCGGCGAUCCUCAGGAUUACUUUUCCUGCGUGAACCCCGAAGAAAACCACACCCCCUCCUUGACACUUCCGCUGAAAUCGUCUACGACGUGCAAGGCCGGCGACGCUGACGACCUUUCUGUCUGCAGCGACCUGGAGUCGGGCGUCGCCGACCUCAGCAGCCACGCCUCCAGCUCGUGCGACGACGCGAAAGAACCCCGUCUGGACGAGGCGGCUUACGCGAGCGUCUGACUAAAAAAACAAAUUAACGGGAUAACUGUAUAGCUUUAGGAUUCCUGUUGACUACGAGGGGUAUUUAUUUAUAAGCAUAUCUAUUCUGAGCCGUUAAUUUAUUUACGUUGUUUUUAAAAUGAAACGCUUUUAUGACUAUAAACAUUUAACGAGCACAAACACUUAACGUGUCACGCGUUUUAGACCAGACUAACCAUCAAAACAACAGACUUUCCCAGCGGCCCAUGCUGCUGAAGACACUAACUGGAAGCCUUUAGAGAUGUCCACUGGUUCCCCUUGGGCCUGACUGUGUUCCUGGUGCUCUGUAACGCUUAUUUAAUUCCAUAAACAUUUCACGUUCCUGAUGGAAAUCAUUAAGCUAGUUCUCGUAACGCAAACCGAUACGGAUCGGCUAAGAUUAGCGUCUUCUGGGUUUUGCUACGAGGCGAAAUUUCCUGAGGUGGAAUAACGUCUUAAUCCACAUUUAAGGCAAAAGAAAUCUGUAUAAAGAUGAAGUAAAUACCACAGUGUUUAACUUUGGAAGAGCCGCCAUGUUGGACAACCUGAGUCACUUUUUUUAAAAAGAGUUUACCUCAGCAACAUGUGUUAGCUUCAGCGCUAAUCUAAGGAGCAAACACAUUUUGGAUGUUUGGGAGAAAAACAAACAAACAAACACAAAACGUUUUUCUUUUACAGUAUUUUAAGAGUAUGUUUUAAUAUUUGGCCACUGAUCAAUAAAGUUAGCAUGUUAGCGCGUGUAAAAACUUUUUUUACCUCAGAAAUUCUCUCCCCUGCUGAAAUAAAGGUAGUUACACCUUAAUUGACAACACGGUUAACUCAAAGCUGUUGUAACCCCUGACUUUGUGACGUGUACAGAAGGGAACUGGUUAGACUGGGUUAAACUGGGUAACUGUUUAAUGAUCUGAUCAUCUUCUGCAUUUUAUAUCUCAUUAAUAUCGAACUAUACUAUGUACAGUACAUACCCGAAACAUUUACACCUCACUACCAAGGAACACUGAAUCAACCCACCCCACCCACGUUAUCCUCAAACUGUGUGUGUGUGUGUGUACACACACCACAGGGCAGUACUGUGUGAAGUUUUAAC